GGAGUAAACAUUUUUUGAAAUAUAUUCGUUCAUACAAUAAUAUGUUCUCCUUCACAUCUUUAGGUGGAAAAAUUGAUUCCACCUUGCAUGACGGAAAAUCACCCCCAAUAUUUAAGCUGCAUGGACAAAACUUUCAUUUGAUUGGGAGUUUGUUACCGUGUGAAUCCGUGGUUCCCAAAUUCGCACAGUUGUACAUAUAUGAUACCGAGAAUGAAGUAUGUAAUAGAAUUAAUUAUGUGCGGGGAAUCUCAUGAUCUACAUGAAGAAAUUGUUGAAGGAUUGAAAACUACUCUUGAUGAGCAUAAUGUGCUGGGGCAAUCAUUUAGAAUGGCCGGAAGGAAAAUCCAUGAAGAAGGAUGUGUUGAGUUUAGGUCUAAGCUUAUAGGAAAAAGAGCAAAGGAUGGAAGAACCUAUAAUCUGUCUUCAGUAUCAGAGGUUGCAGCUUUGGUUGUAGGCGAUUUUGAUUUGUCACUGGGAGAGAGAGAUAUUUUAGUUGAGACUUGCACUGGGAGGUUGCAACGGAUUAAUGAAUUACAUCCUUCGUAUUUAGCGCUCCAAUAUCCACUUUUAUUUCCAUAUGGGGAGGAUGGAUUUAGAGAUGACAUACCUUUGUGUAUUAGAAAAUCGGAUCAAGCUCGAGGGAGACAAAUGAUGAGCAUCAUAGAGUUCCUUGCAUAUCGGUUGCAUGAAAGAAAUAUAGAGAUAUCCAUUAUAUUGUGUGCUAAGAAGUUAUUUCAACAAUUUGUUGUUGAUGGUUAUACUCUGAUUGAAUCAAGCAGGUUAAGGUAUAUUCGCAAUAAUAAAAAGCAAUUAAGAUGUGAAAUGUUUAAAGGACUGAAUGAUGCUUUAUUGCAUGGUGAUACAAAUCCGGCCACGCAAGGGAAGCGCAUUAUACUCCCAUCUACGUUUAUAGGCAGGGCAAGAUAUAUGAUUCAAAACUAUCAGGACGCAAUGGCCAUUAUGUUAUUGUAACUUUCACAUGCAAUUCAAAAUGGCCAGAAAUACAGUGAUACCUUGAUGAAUGGAAUCUUAAACCAGAGGAUCGACCAAAUAUUAUUUGUCGAGUUUUUAAGAUGAAGUUGGAUGGUUUGAUCAAUGAUUUCCGCGCAACAAGAUAUUUGGCACUGUAAAAGCAGUUAUAUACACCAUUGAGUUUCAAAAGCGUGGAUUGCCACAUGCCCACAUAUUGCUGUUUCUUGAGAGAGGUGAUGACCUAGCAACAACGGAUCACAUUAACAAGAUCAUUUCAGCUUAAAUUCCUUGCGAAUAGAGCGAUCCUGAAUAUUUUAAUGCUGUGAAGGACUUCAUGAUGCAUGGACCAUGCGGAAAUUUGAGAAAGAAGGCUCCAUGCAUGGUAGAUGGUAGAUGCUCGAAACAUUUCCCGAAAAGAUUCGUGGAGCACACCACUUUGGAUGAAGAUGGGUAUCCUGUGUAUAGGAGAAGAGAUUAUGGGAGAACCAUUUCAAAAAAUGGAGUAGACUUGGAUAACAGAUAUGUGGUGCCUCAUAAUAGAUAUUUAUUGCUCAAAUAUGCAGCGCACAUGAAUGUGGAGUGGUGCAAUCAGUCUAGAUCUAUCAAAUACUUAUUCAAAUAUGUGAAUAAAGGAAAUGAUAGAAUAACUGCAACAUUCUAUCAAAGUGCAAAUGGAGAAAAUGCUGAUAAUACUGUGGAUGAAGUGAAAAUGUAUUAUGAUUGCAGAUACAUUUCAUCAUGUGAGGCUGCAUGGAGAACUUUGGGAUUUGAGAUUCAGUACAGAAGUGUUGGUGUGGAGAGAUUAAGCUUUCACUUACCUAAUGAACAAGUCGUUUAUUUUAACGACUUAGAGCCCAUAAAUGAAGUUCUUGAGAAGCCAAGUGUGAAAGAAAGCAUGUUUCUUGCUUGGUUCAAAUCAAAUGAGAUAUACCCUGAAGCAAGAAACUUGACUUAUGCUGAGAUGCCACUUAGAUUUGUAUGAAAACAAUCUACUAGACAGUGGGUGCCGAGGAAGAGAGGAUUUGCUAUUGGAAGAUUAUUUUAUGUGCCACCAGCUUCCGGUGAGUUAUUCUAUCUUAGAUGUCUUUUGAAUAUUAUUCGUGGACCAACAUGUUUUGAAGAUAUAAAGAAGGUUGAUGGUGUCCAGUAUGACACAUUUCGUGAUGCCUGCUACGCUUUAGGUCUACUAAACGAUGAUAAGGAAUAUAUAGAUGCAAUUAAAGAAGCAUGUUUUUGGGCAACAACACAUUGUCUCCGUAAAUUGUUUGUUGUUCUAUUAAUUGCUGAUUGUUUGAGUAGACCAGAGGAGGUUUGGGAAAAAUGUUGGGUUUUUUUAUCCGAAGAUAUCCUCCACAAACAACGUGUAAUGCUUAAUCAUUCAGAACUUACAUUAUCGGAUGAAGAACUGAAGAAUUAUGCUCUGUGUGAAAUUCAAAAUAUGUUAUAUAGUUGUGGAAGAAGUUUGGAAGAAUUCCAUUGCAUGCCAUGUCCUGAUAAUAGAUUUUUUUCAAAUACUUCCAAUCGAUUAGUGUACGAUGAAUUGAGAUAUGACCGAACAAAGUUGGUAGAGGAGCACAAAGAGUUGUUGGGUAACCUAAUUGUAGAACAAAAGAGUGUCUACGAUAGGAUAAUGGAUGCGGUUGAUUCAAAUAAGGGUGAAGUCUUUUUUGUGUACGGAUAUGGUGGCACUGGAAAAACUUUUGUAGGACAACUCUUUCUGCUGCUAUACGUUCUAGGAGAGAGAUAGUAUUGAAUGUUGCAUCAAGUGGAAUCGCGUCGUUAUUGCUUCCGAGAGGUCGAACUGCACAUUCUCGGUUCAAAAUUCCAAUUCAUCCCAACGAAGACUCUACGUGCAAUAUAAAACAAGGAAGCGCUCUUGCUGAACUUCUGGUCAAGUGUAAACUUAUAAUUUGGGAUGAAGCUCCAAUGGUGCAUAAACAUUGCUUUGAAGCAUUAUAUCGCACCCUGCGUGAUAUUUUGCGGUUUAAGAAUCCAAGGAGUCUUGAAAUACCAUUUGGUGGAAAGACAAUAGUGUUUGGUGGAGAUUUUAGACAAAUCCUUCCUGUCAUACCUAAGGGAACAAGGCAAGAUAUUGUGAGUGCAUCCAUAAAUUCUUCUUAUUUAUGGCAACAUACAUAUGUCAUGCGUUUGACAAAAAAAUUGAGGCUUCUUCAUUUGCCUGUUGAUGAUCAGACGGAAUAUUUGGUCAAAUUUUCUGAAUGGAUUGUGUUAGGAAUAUUUUAUGGUGUCCAAUCUAAUUCAAUAUCUUUGUAUUUGUGUAGUUAAACGUGUAAUACGGGCCACAAAUGUGUAUCAGCCCGUCAGCUUCCUUGUAACCCGUAAGUUAGCCAUCUUCUCCUAUAAAAGGAGGCUAACUUACGGGAACCCUAACAAUAGAGGCUUUGAGAGAACGGAGGCGUAGAGAUAGAGAGAUUAGGGUUGCCGCUGCUCUCCUUCUCCAGGGAGAGCAGCGGCCAGAUUACACGGUAUACCAGAUUCGGUUCAUCUUCUCCAUAUCUUUCUAUCUGCUUCUUCAUAACUGUUGUUGUUGUUUGAUUGUUUAGUAUUUUGGAACAAUGUGUGGUAUCAGAGCCGAGGCGUGAAAAAGGUUGAAUCUGUAUGCGAUUUUCUGGAUCUAACGAAG